GCCCUGCUCUGUGUGCUGCGCGCACAGGCUGAGGACCGCGGGGCUGCAGGGCUGGAUGAGAGCAAGAUUGCAGGGAAAUGGUACAUCGUUGCUCUGGCCUCCGACUCCGAGAGCUACCUCCAAAAGAAGGACGAGCUGAAGAUGGCCAUGACCACCAUCGCAGUCCUGGGGAACGGUGACCUGAACGUCUCCUUUGCCAUUCCCUCCCCAGAGGGAUGUAAGAAAUCGGAGUGGAUCUACAAGCAAACAGGCACCCCGGGUGAAUACUACAGCCCUGAGAGAAGCAAUUCCACGAUGCGGGUGCUGGACACCGACGGCAAGACGUACGCGGUCAUCUUUGCCUCCAGAGAGAAGGAUGGGAAGACCCUGUACAUGCUGAGGCUCCACAGCAGAACCCAGGAGGUGAGCCCUGAAAUCACAGCGCUGUUCAAGAAGCUUGCGAGGGAGAAGAGCUUCACCGACGAGAUGAUCGCAAUGCCGCCCAGUCAGGGUGCCUUCCAGGAGUACAUUGAUAUUGCCCCGGUGUCCCAAACCACUGGUGCUGCCAGACACUCCUGGUGGGAAGAGAGGAAACAUCUUCUCAAGGUGACGCAGAAUUGGGGGCUGCCUUGA